UGGCGCAUUACAACAAGCGCUCGACCAUCACAUCCCGGGAGAUCCAGACAGCCGUGCGCCUACUGCUGCCCGGGGAACUGGCCAAGCACGCUGUGUCUGAGGGCACCAAGGCCGUCACCAAGUACACCAGCUCCAAAUAAAAGCCUGUCGUGGUAACAGAGAUUCAGGGCGGAGGGAAUCUGCACUGCAAAGUGUGGUACCAUUUCCCAGAAGAGCCAAAUGGAUGAGCAACCUUCUAUCAGGAAAGGUCCAGAGAUCUGUUCAUUACGCUAUGGACUGGCUCUCAUCAUGCACUUCUCAAACUUCACCAUGAUAACUCAGCGUGUGAGUCUGAGCAUUGCAAUCAUUGCUAUGGUGAACAGCACUCAGCAGCCUGGUUUAUUCAAUGCCUCCACAGAAAGACCUCUUGAAUUCACCUUCAAUCACUCCAACAGAUCCAUCAAGGAAUUUAAUACAAGGGCCUCUGUGUAUGAAUGGAGUCCAGAGACUCAGGGUAUCAUCUUUAGCUCCAUCAACUAUGGGAUAAUACUGACUCUGAUCCCAAGUGGCUAUUUAGCGGGGAUAUUUGGUGCAAAACAGAUGCUUGGUGCUGGCUUGCUGAUCUCCUCCCUUCUCACCCUCUCUACACCAUUGGCUGCCGACUUCGGAGUGAUUUUGGUUAUUGUGAUUCGGACCAUUCAGGGCAUGGCCCAGGGAAUGGCAUGGACAGGUCAGUUUACAAUUUGGGCAAAAUGGGCUCCACCACUUGAACGAAGCAAACUCACCAGCAUUGCGGGAUCAGGGGUAGCAUUUGGGUCCUUCAUCAUCCUCUGUGUUGGGGGACUAAUCUCACAGGCCUUGGGCUGGCCUUUUAUCUUCUACAUCUUUGGUAGCAUUGGCUGUGUCUGCUGUCUCCUGUGGUUCACAGUGAUUUAUGAUGAUCCCUCGCACCACCCAUGCAUAAGCGUCAGGGAAAAGGAACACAUCGUGUCCUCUCUGCCUCGACAGUCCAGUUCUCCUAGAAGAUCUGUUCCCAUAAAGGCUAUGAUCAGAUGCCUACCACUUUGGGCCAUUUUCACAGGGUUUUUCAGCCAUUUCUGGUUAUGCACCAUAAUCAUAACAUACCUACCAACGUACAUCAGUUCUGUGCUCCAUGUCAACAUCAGUGACAGUGGGGUUCUGUCCUCCCUGCCUUUUAUUGCUGCCUCAAGUUGUACAAUUCUAGGAGGUCAGUUGGCAGAUUUUCUCCUGUCCAGGAAUCUUCUCAGAUUAAUCACUGUGCGAAAACUCUUCUCAUCACUAGGGCUCCUCCUUCCAUCGCUGUGUGCUGUGGCCUUGCCCUUUGUGGCUUCCAGUUACAUAACAACCAUCAUUCUGCUGAUACUUAUUCCUGGGACCAGCAACCUGUGUGAUUCAGGGUUCAUCAUCAACACCUUAGACAUCGCCCCCAGAUAUGCAAGUUUCCUCAUGGGAAUCUCCAGGGGAUUUGGGCUCAUCGCAGGAAUCAUCUCUUCCACUGCCACCGGAUUCCUUAUCAGUCAGGAUUCUGUGUCGGGAUGGAGGAAUGUCUUUUUCUUGGCUGCUGCUGUCAACAUGUUUGGCCUGGUUUUUUACCUUACAUUUGGACAAGCAGAAAUCCAGUACUGGGCCAAAGAGAGGACUCUCACCCGCCUCUGAGGAUACAGACUUGCAAACUUAAAUGUAGUACUGACUAUUAACUUUUCAACAUUUUAUUUUUUAACUUAUCGUAUUUCUUUCUUCAUAUUUUUAGUCGUAGACUCAGCAGUUCUCAACUUAGGUUGUGUGUUAGAUUUCUCUGGGGAGUCUCUAAAACAUAUUGGUGAAUGGGCUCUACUCUAGAAAUUCUGAAAAUGAAUUGGUCUGGGGUAGAGCCCAGAUAUCACUAAUUUUUAGACACUCCCCAGGAUUUCUAACAUGCAGCCAAGGUUGACAACUGCUGGGCAAACAUGAAACAUCAAUUCCUGUUGACUUUGAAUUUUCCUUUUUGGAAGGAACUAGAUAAAUAAAAAUCUCUGUAAAAAUAUAAUCACUGAUAAGUACCUUCAUGAGGUGAUUAUAGACACAGAGAUCUACUAGAACUGUAUGUUAUAGAGCUCAGUACAGAACAGAAUUUAAAGGCUGUAAUCCACAGAAUUAGCAUUUUUAUUGUUUUCAUACAUUGUGAAACAUGGAUGUUUAUGUGAUUACAUUCUAUUAAAAUU